AUGUCCCGAAAUAAUACUCCGACGACCGCCUCCGCCACCGCCAUCGCUGAUAAUUACACCAUCAGCAUUGGCAGAACCCACUGUAGCCUCCUAAGCUCCUCCAUCGGCGCCUCCUUCUCCAUCUUCGUCGUCAACAUCGUCGUGAUCCUUAUCAGCUGUAAGGUCGUCCAUGUCUUCCUCCGCCGCCUCAGCCAGCAUCAAAUGAUCUCCGAUUUCAUUAUCGGACUGAUCGUCGGAAAUGUGAUAAUAGUAAGAUCCAGCAUGGAAGAACACGUAGUCCAUUCCAUCGCCCACAUCAGCUCAAUCGCCUUCGCCUUGUACCUCUUCGUCGUCGCCCUCGAAAUGGAUCCCAAAACAAUCCUGCGCUGCUCCAGCCCUCACACCAGAAUCGCCCUCAUCGGCAUCAUCUCCACCAUCGGCGCAACCCUCUUCUCCUACACUCUCAUCAACCGCACCGCUCCCUCCCUCCCGAUUAAACCUUCUCACCCCAUCAUCUCCGCCAUCUCCAUCUCCCUUGCCGCCACCUCAUCCCCCAUCCUCACCCGCCUCGUCACCGAACUCAAAAUCCACAAAUCCGAAAUCGGCCGCCUCACCGUCCGCACCGCCCUCGCCAACGAUCUGCUCUGCACUUCCCUCAUGUGCCUCGGCGUCGCCCUCUACACCUUCCACAGCCCUUACAGCCGAAUCAGCUCAGCCGCCAUCAACGCCACUCUUCGCAUCCUCGUCAUCGCGGUACAAGCAUGGCUUAUUCUAAAGCUGAUUAAUCCUGUUAUACGCAAGAUAAAUGAUCGGAAUCCGGAAGGAAAGCCGAUUCACGGGCUUGAUAUGGCGGCGGUCUGCGGAGUCUCUGCUCUCCUCUGCUAUUGCCCGACGUUCAUUGGCUUCGAUCCGAGCUUCAAUGCAUUUGUCGUUGGGCUCUGCCUUCCCCGAGAUGGAAGGAUGUCGAAUUUCUUGAUUGGUAGGAUCAAUUUUAUGCUGAGUACAAUCAUGCUUCCGCUUUACCUGGUUCUGGUUGGAAUUUCCUGUGAUUUUGGAUCUUUGAUUAGGGCGGAGGAAAGGAGUAAUGUUUAUAAGAUGAUGAUUGUGGGGUUGAUUGGAGCGGUGGGGAAGAUAACGGGGACGGUGGUGUAUAGUAUACGCCACGGGAUGAAGUGGCAAGAGGCGGUGGCGCUCGCUUUGCUGCUUAAUAUUAAAGGCUACUUCCACAUCUUCUGCGCCCACAACGCCGCCAUUGCAGGCGUAAUCGACAACAACAUGAUGAUGGUGAUGAUACUCAUCGCAAUCGGAACGGUGAUCCCGACGCCAUUAGUCGUGGCCUUCAUUGUACGGCGCGCGAGGGCGAGGGAGAGAGGAAAGCCAAUGGGGCUCCAAUGGUCUAAACCGGGAGGAGAGAUCAGGAUUCUGGUGGGUUUACAUGGACCGGAGGAUGUUCCGAUGGCCGUCAAUAUGAUCGAAGCGAUGAGGGGACUGGGAGAUGUCGGCGGCGGGUUGGCGGCGUUCGUGGUGGAUAUGGUGGAGAUGACGGAUAAGGCAGCGGCGACGUUGGUGCAUGGGGAGGGGAUGGAGGCAGUGACGGUGAAGGAUGAGGGGAUUGUGGAGAUGAGAGAGCAGAUUGGGUCGGCUUUGGAGGCUUAUGUGGGGGAGAGCGGGGAAGGGUUAACGGUGCGGAGGAUGCUUGCGGUUUCUUCUUUUGAUAAUAUGCACGAGGAUAUUUGCAGCGCCGCGCAGGACUGCUUGGCUGUACUGAUCAUCCUCCCCUUCCACCGCCGCCAACUCCUCGACGGCACAAUGGAGGCCGGCCACCACGGCCACCGUCUGCUCAACCAAAAAGUACUCCAAUUCUCCCCCUGCUCCGUCGCCAUACUCGUCAACCGCGGCAUCCACCGCUCCAUCUCCUCCUCCCUCUCCACCGCCGUCCAAAACACCUGCGCCGUCUUCAUCGGCGGCGCCGACGACCGCGAAGCCCUCGCCUUCGCCUCCCUCAUCUCCCAUCACCCCGCAGUCAAACUAACCGUUCUCCGCUUCCUCACCGAAGCCAGAAACAAACCAUCCGGCCCCGGAAGACGAGUCCUCGCCGCCGCCGGAAAGCAAGAGAUCGAGCAUAAAACUGACGACGAGUUCUUUAUGGGGUUUUAUGAAAGGUACGUGGCGGGAGAAAAGGGCGUCGGGUAUAUAGAGAAGAAUGUGGAGAGCGGAGUCGAGACGGUGGCGACAUUACGGGCUUUGGAAGGUCGGUAUCAGUUGUUUAUUGUGGGGAGAGGGAAGGAUAGGGUUUCGGUGCUCACGGCGGGGAUGAGUGAGUGGGCGGAGUGCCCGGAGCUCGGCCCCAUUGGCGAUAUCUUGGCCGCUUCGGAUUUCUCUGUUUCUGCAUCUGUUAUGGUUGUACAGCAGGGCGAUGUUGCGCGGGGCUUUAAGGUUAUUGACGAUGAAUAUUUGGCUCCGUACUGUUCAUUAUGGAGCUCGGUACUAUUCAGUUUUGAGUUCGGUACUGCUCGGUACUGGAUAACGUGUCUGCACUUGAUUCGUUUCUGGAUGGUAACGGCGGGGAUGAGUGAGUGGGCGGAGUGCCCGGAGCUCGGCCCCAUUGGCGAUAUCUUGGCCGCUUCGGAUUUCUCUGUUUCUGCAUCUGUUAUGGUUGUACAGCAGGGCGAUGUUGCGCGGGGCUUUAAGGUUAUUGACGAUGAGUUUCUUCCCUUAUGA